AUGUCUCUCUCACGCGCCGAGUUCGAGGCCCUUGCGGCCACUGAUGUCCGAGAUUCCAUCCCUCUUGAGCCUCUCGCGGCAGCUCUUAGCAGCAAGCCCUUUAUUCCUACACGCUCGCUCCUCAACAUACGUGACCUCGGCGCUGUUCCUGGCAGCGUUAUACGCCCUGGUCGCAUUUUCCGCUCGGGUAUGCUCGAUUCUGCAUCCAGUGACCCUGAAGCCAUAUCUUGGCUGGCGUCCAACGUCAAAACCGUCUUUGAUCUACGUAGCAAGGAGGAGCGCGCUGCGUACCCCAGCCCAAAGGUUCCUGGCGUCAAAUUUGUAUUCUGCGAGCGUAUUGCUAUUUAUCCCCAACCUGUUCCGGCUGAUUUCACUGUGGACGAUGGCAGUGUCGCUUGGAGAGAGCAGUUGAUGGCUGUCGCAGCGGCAUACAAACCCAGCAUCCGAGCAAUCCUCCAGCACGUCAGAGACAAACCGGAUGAGCCAUUCCUGUUUCACUGCACUGUUGGCCGUGACCGCACAGGCGUCGUGGCAGGUCUCCUCCAAACCCUUGCCGGUACAAAGCAAUCCGACGUCAUUCUGGAUUACAUGCUGUCGCGUAUCGGGACCGAGCCAGCACGCGAGCGACUGACCCAGUUCAUCAAGGCAACCGUUGGCGUGGAGGACACUGGGGUUCCUGGAUUUUGGAAUAUGAUUAGUCUGCGUCCGACCUUUUGGAAGGCUUUCGUCAAGGGUGUUGAUGCCGAGUACGGAGGAUGGGAUGGCUACGUAAAGGGUCUUGGGUUCUCGACCAGGGACUUGGAGACUAUCAAGAAGAACCUGAGAGGGUAG